AUGCUGCCGAAUCGCGCGAUCAUCGCGUCGCAGUUUUGGAACCACGAGUGCGGCUCGGCGCAGUCGCUCGAAGCGGUGGUCCCCGCUGUCCCCCACGAGCCGCCUUCAACCGGCAUUCAUCUGGGUAGCGGAAUCGCGCGAUCACAGCAACUGCUGCUCCUGCAGAAGCUCCUGCCAAUCCCUUUCACGCCAUCCUAUGCUGCUGACGUGGACGAUCAAGGCGGAUGGGUGGUUGACCGAGUGCUCUCUGGUGUGGGUGGCAGGGACUGGUGGGCGACAGUAAUGGGGCGCCUGAGAGUCCAACGCAUGUGGAGAAAGCAUUUCCAGCAGCAGACCAACGCAAGACUAACUAGCGAUAGCGCUCAUACAGCAGCUGCAGCAUUAGCAUCAGCAGCAGCUGCGACUGAGAACACCACAGGCAGCAGCAGCAGCAGCAGGGCCAAGGGGUACCCCAGCUCCUCUUCAGGAUGGUUCCAGGAUCCUACCAUGUACGCGCUCUCAGCCCGUACGCGCAUUGCGCUGGGGAAGCAGACUUGGCUAAGCGGCAGUGCUGAGCUAAGCACUCUUGCAGGCCUGGCGGCAGCACUUCAGGGCAAGAUGAUGGGACGACAAAGGAGGGAAGGUGGUGCUGUGGCAGGGAGUGAGGAGGGGGGUGGAGAGCGAGGAGGAGAGGCUUCAAGUUUCAGAGGCUUUGUCUCGCUGCGCCAUAAGAUGAAGGGCCACGAUUUGAUCGCGCGGGCGGGGUGGGGCGAGCAGUGUGUGGACCGCGCUGGCCGCUACUGGACGUUGCCCCGUGCGCUCUCCCUGGACUUCGCCUCCCUCGUCACCAGGGAAGGGCUGCGCUACCGCUUCGGUUUGCAGCAUGUCGGUGGGAAGCCAGAGGUACGGCCAGAAGUGCCUUUUGAGACGACUCAAACGUCACCUCGCUUUGGCCUGCAGCACGUCGGUACGGCCAGAAGUGCCUUUUGA